GUAAGUGUAAAGUCCUCAUAUGGAUCGAAUAUCAGACGGAAGUAUCGGACGAAUCGUGUUGAUGUCUCGAACAGAAUACAGUCGGCCUCUACAAUUAGGAUACAAAAGCAUGCUGAGCGGCUACAGGAGAUGGCUAUUGCAGAAGAUCCUACAGUAUUCGAUUACGAUGCCAGCUACGAUCAAAUACAAGCUGCUCGCGAUGAGAAGGUACCCGAACGGAAAAAGGCGGAUAAAGAGAGGAAAUCGAAAUAUGCGCUAGAUAUUAUCAAAGCACACAAGAGGAGAGAGCUCGAACAACAUAGUCGCGAGGAGCGUCAACAACAAAAGGAGAGAUCGGAGGAAGGAGACCAGUUCGCGGAUAAGGAGGUGUUCGUAACAAACGAAUACAGGAGGCAAAUGGAGGAAGUGCAAAAAUUCCGCGAAGAGGAAGCUUAUGAAAAGAGAUUUAACGAGCUAACAUCAGUGGAGCAUCAGAAGGCGUGGCAGGCUGGUUUUGGUCGUACGCUGUUAAGUGAGUUAGCGAGAGGCGAACAAAGCUUAAUGCAGAAAGUCCAGUUCUAUUCCAGGCAGUACAGCGAUGCAAAUUCCUCCGAUGAGUUAGCGACCACAGAAAAUGCGAAUGAAAAAACCGUUCCAGCCAAAAAAUCCAUAUACUCUGAUGAAGAAGAUGAAGCUGGAUCUAAUUUCGAGACACCACAAAAAAAUUUCCCUGGAGAGCUCAAACCAGGACUUAAUCGCGUUAGUUUGUUAGUUGUCAAGGCGCAAACAAAAUCGGAGAAGCUGAGGGAGCGUCAGUUCACUCCAACACCUCCGUCUUCGGACAGUGAAAGUGAAUGCCGGAAAGGGAGAACUGGUAGAAAUGAACAUGUGAUGGAUAAAAAGUAUGAAAGUAACCAUGGAAAUAGAAAGAAAAUGGUAGGUUCCAUUUCCCUAAAACAAAGAAUUGAGCCGAAGAAGAAUGAUAAGGAUCUGCGUUUAAUGAGGCUAAAAGAGAUCCUGAAACAGCGGAAUGGACCGGAAGAAAUUGAAGAAUUCAAGAAACGGUAUUUUGAAAGGAAGGAGAAUGGAGUCGUCGUACCACCUCUGUAG